UGGAUGGGCGGCCUCAGCGCCCGCCCGACUGCUGGGAGGACCGACCCGGCGGGGACCUGCUGGGGGUAGGACCCGGGGAGCAAGAUGGCCACGGUCAUCCCCGGCCCCCUGAGCCUAGGCGAAGACUUCUACCGCGAGGCCAUUGAGCACUGCCGCAGCUACAACGCGCGCCUGUGUGCGGAGCGCAGCCUCCGCCUGCCCUUCCUGGACUCCCAGACUGGCGUGGCCCAGAACAACUGCUACAUCUGGAUGGAGAAGACCCAUCGCGGGCCAGGUUUGGCCCCAGGGCAGAUCUACACUUAUCCUGCCCGCUGUUGGAGGAAGAAACGGAGGCUCAACAUCCUGGAGGACCCGAGGCUCCGGCCUUGCGAGUACAAGAUUGACUGCGAAGCACCCCUGAAGAAGGAGGGUGGCCUUCCAGAAGGGCCAGUCCUUGAGGCUCUGCUGUGUGCUGAGACUGGGGAGAAGAAAGUGGAGCUGAAGGAGGAAGAGACCAUCAUGGACUGUCAGAAACAGCAGUUGCUGGAGUUUCCGCACGAUCUCGAGGUGGAAGACUUGGAGGAAGACAUUCCCAGGAGGAAGAAUAGGGCCAAAGGGAAGGCAUAUGGCAUUGGAGGUCUCCGGAAACGCCAGGACACCACUUCCCUGGAGGACCGAGACAAGCCGUAUGUCUGUGAUAUCUGUGGGAAGCGGUAUAAGAACCGGCCCGGGCUCAGCUACCACUACACCCACACCCACCUGGCAGAGGAGGAGGGGGAGGAGCACACCGAGCGCCACGCCCUGCCCUUCCACCGGAAAAACAACCACAAACAGUUUUACAAAGAAUUGGCCUGGGUUCCCGAGGCACAAAGGAAGCACACAGCCAAGAAGGCGCCAGAUGGCACUGUCAUUCCCAACGGCUACUGUGACUUCUGUUUGGGGGGCUCCAAGAAGACAGGGUGUCCCGAGGAUCUCAUCUCCUGUGCAGACUGUGGACGAUCAGGACACCCCUCGUGUUUACAGUUCACCGUUAAUAUGACUGCGGCCGUGCGGACAUACCGUUGGCAGUGCAUCGAGUGCAAGUCCUGCAGCCUGUGUGGCACCUCGGAGAAUGAUGGUGCCAGCUGGGCGGGUCUCACCCCCCAGGACCAGCUGCUGUUCUGUGAUGACUGCGAUCGGGGUUACCACAUGUACUGCCUGAGCCCCCCCAUGGCGGAGCCCCCGGAAGGAAGCUGGAGUUGUCACCUCUGUCUUCGGCACUUGAAAGAGAAAGCCUCUGCCUACAUCACCCUCACCUAGGCCUGCCUCUGCUUCUCCCGGACCUCUGGGCCUCUAGGUGGUGCUUGCCCUCCUCCAGCCUCUUGGAGUUCCUGGUCCUUCCCACCCAGUAUUCCCAGUGGGAAGGGCCAAGGGUGAGGCCUAGAGGAGGCCAGGCGCCUCCCUCUGCUAGCUGAAUGUCACCCUGUGGGUGGGUGGGCCCAGAAGGGACUUUCCCCUUAUCUUCCCUCCCAUCCCUUGGCAAAUGGGCACCAGGGGCCUCUGCUCCCCUCAAAGCCAUACCCCGCCUCUGGGCGGUCACAGGGGGGUAGUAGACGUCAGUCGGGGAUAUAGACAGAGCCUUUUUCUAAAGAAAAAGACAAAAAAGUAAAAAAAAAAAAAAAAAGGAAAUUAAUAUAUACAAAGAGUCCUAUAAGGCCUGGCUGGGUGGAGGGGGUACCGCUGAGUGUCUGUUGGGCACCUAGCUAUGCUAGUUUCCUGCCUGGCUCCUCUCCACUCCAUUCUGGAGUUGCAGCUGUCCCAUCUACUCAUUUGAGGUGGGUACCAUUCCUCCCUUGUGCCAAGGCAGGGAGGGCAUAGUGUCCACCUCUUUCUCCCUCCCAGUGCACAUGGAGGAUACUGCAUGAUGUGUACUAUGGCUUUGAACUCUUCUGCCCCUCCCUGACAGCCCUACCCUACACUCACCUGGUGCCUGCCAGGCCUGGUGUGGGUGGCUGGGGGCGGUCAGUGGAGUGAAGUGGGCCCCUGCCAGCGCCUGCUGGAAUGAGAAGCACAGACUGCAAUGGACUCAUUUUUCUUCCCUCCUUCCCAGCCCCCUCCCUACCCAGACAGGCUGGGCUGCUCCCUACCUCUCACUGGCCAUUUUAAGGAUGGUGAGGGGGUGUGGUUGUUUCUUGUGGUUGUGUGUGUUUGUUGUUCGGGUUUAAAAAAAGGGAAAUUGAGACUGCAAGUGGGGGAAGUGGAGGGCCUGGGGGGUGUCCCCCCAGUCUAGGAGUGCCCCCUCUUGUCUCCUUUAUUGCCUGCCUCUGCUGUGAAUUAACUUGUUCUGUGUAUUAAAUUGGGCCUGACCCCUCUG